AUGCUUGAGAACUUGGUGACAUGGGUGCUGAACAACUAUGUCGGGGAGUACUUGGAAAAUCUGAAUACUGACCAACUAAGUAUUGCCAUUCUCCAAGGACAAGUGGAACUAGAAAAUGUCCCAUUUAAGAAGACAGCGUUGCAGAAGUUUGAUAUCCCUCUUCAGGUUAAAUCUGGGAUUUUGGGGAAGUUGACACUCUCGAUCCCUAUAACGAGGAUAAGAAGCGAACCAUGGGUUUUGAAAAUGAGCGAUCUUCUAGUACUUUUAGAACCCGCUACUUGUAGCAUGAAUGACGUUGAAAAUGUGGAAUUGUAUGAGCAAACGAAAAAAGAUCAGCAAUUGGAGGAGCUAGAGAAGUAUCAUAAGAAGCGUUUGCUUUCCGUGUUCAACUUGCCUAAUCAUAAAGAAGUGGCUCACGAUAAUUGGUGGGGCGCUUCUUUAUUCUCGAAUGUCUUGAAUAAUAUUCAGAUAAUACUCACCAAUGUUCACAUUCGAUAUGAAGACGAUAUCACCGUGCCCAACAAUAUCCCGUUUUGCUGUGGUAUUCGAAUUCAUAAUAAAGCUGGUUAUGUUCAGCCGCGAGAGGGCUUGAAUACUUUUAAAAAAUUAGAGCUUCAUGGGCUUUCCGUUUACUGGAACAGUAAUGAACAAGUGGUGAAAUCAGAUAUUUCCUUUAAAGAAUUGCAGGACACAUUAGCUCCUGAAUCGGGAAAAGGAGACACUCAUAUUCUGCAGCCCUUUAGCGCUCGGUUAUUCAUGGAAAAAAACUCGGGUAAAUUUCCUCUCAAAACAACUCCUCCGAUCCCAAGAUUUAAGUUUGAUUUCCGGCCACAAAAAGUUAUCAUAGAAUUAUCUGUUGAGCAAAUCUAUCAGAUGCGCUUUCUAGCCGAUGAGUGGUCUCGUCAUGAGCGGUCGAGAGAACACAGAAAGUGGAGACCAAAUACUACAGUUCUCCAAUGCCCGAGAAGUUGGUGGUUGUUCGCCUAUAAUCGAAUUCUUAAUGAGACUCGACAAAAGAGUAUGAGAAGAACUUGGGACUUUGUAACUACUCGAGUCAAGCUUUUAAACUCAUAUUGCCGGUCUUAUAGAAGAAAGUUACUUUGUUAUUUGCAGGAGGUAAAGAAGGAAAGUUUGAGAUUAGAUGGGAGUUCGGAAACAUAUGAACUUGAAAAACGGCCUUUGGACAGCAGUAAUUUCGUUUCGGCUAUUGGUGAACAUGUGGACCAUUCGGUUUUAGCAGAAUCACCGCGUUUUGUCACUGAGCCCUACUCGCUGACAGAAGAUUUAAUUUUGAUGAAGCAGAUUGAAAGGGAUAGUCAGUGGUCUUAUAGCGAGUUGCAGCUUUUCAGAGAAACUGUUUUCCGACAAAUAUUAACUGAGGGAGUUGCUGUGAAGCCGUUCACUGAAAGUACACAUGUUGAAAAUGGAAUUUCUGACCAACCUGAAGAAGGCGUUAUCUUCGAUUACAGUUCUUCCCCCGCUUCUGAAAGUCCUGAUGAAAAUGAGUCUAGAUACUCUAAUUCUGCCAGCGGUGGUGGGAUAUAUGCCUGGAUGCGGGGUUGGUGGACAAGUAAAUCAGAAGUUCAAGAAGAAGGUAAUGUACAUAAAGAUGAAGAAAAUAUAUUAGAACUUUCUGCGGAAGAUAGAGCUUAUUUAAAACAACUGGAAAAGCAGCUCGAAGAUGAAAUUAUGGAUGCACUUAGUGAGAGUUGGGACGACUUGACUGUUUUACGACGGGAUACUUUGUUAGCAGAGAUUGCGCUAAAGCUCGAUCAUAUGACCAUUCGGUUUAUUGAUAACAAAAAUCUUCAGACCAGUGGAGGCACUAAAGUUCUUGCGAUGGAUUUGAGACGUGUUAACGGAUGCGUUCAGCUUAGUCUGAGAAAAAACAGUAUUGCCAUGUCUUUAACCGUAGGUGACAUGACAGUUCAACGUUUGUAUACGUCACUAAAUGGACCGGUAGCGAAUUAUGCAGCUAGUCAAUCUACUCAAUCGCAAGUAGAUGAUUCAUUGAUAUUUGGUGAACGCAAGGGCGCAGAUUUAUCAAAAAUAUUAUUUGCGAUUGGCAGAGGGAACGGCAACUGUUUUGAAGGUAUGACUUACUGUCGACGCGCUCCCAAGCUGGUGGCAAAACACACACUGAAUGCAGAAUUUAGUGAGCUGACCGUCAUGUAUGAUGAGGGUGCCUUCGAUGACGUUACACACUUCUUGGGUUCAAGUGGUCCUUUGUUUGAAGGAAGCGAAGAGUCAUCAUCAGCUGCACUUCGGCCAUCGGAGGUUUGCGUAACUCUGAGUGUUCCACAGAUUCAGUUUGAACUUCGCAGCAAGCGGAACAGUUUGUUGUUUCCUGGAAAAGAUGCUGAUAUCGGGACGCCCUUUGCUCACGCUACGCUGAAAUCAUUAACAGUUGGUGCUGCAAAGGCUGAAGACUCGUUUACGAAGGUCAAUGUAUCUUUUCGCGAAUUUAUUGUGAAAGAUUUAUUUGAAAGGACCGGUGGUACAUUAAUUCGUACAGUAUCACCUUGUACGCUUUCGCAGAGAAAAUCUUUUUCAUGUCCAGAUUUCCACUCAGUUUUUGCAGCAACCGGAGCUAUAUCUCAAUCAAACAGUUUGGAAACUCUCAACGAGAGCACUGCUCAUCUUUUACCAGAUACAGGUAUCAAUUCAGUCAAGGUAGCUGACUCACUAUAUAGUCCGACAAGUGUCUCUCGUCAUAUUAUGGAGAGUGGUUAUCCAAAAACAAGUGUACAAAAUGACCAGUCUGCUGUUGAGAUUGUUUUUUUGGAUAAACCUUCGUCCUCAAAUGAAAAGGCUCGUUGUAUAAUUAAUGCUCGUUUGCUUGGCUUAUCGAUCGGAAUGAACCGGCGUAGUUGGGUUAUGCUACUUGAUUUUUUUGGUCUUUUGGGGCGAGAUGGCGGAAAUACAGCAAGACAGUUGUCGUUAAAUAAUCGUCCGGAAAAUGUGGGACAAAACAUGUUUGAUGGAACCCCUAGAAAAGGAGAGUUAAGUUUGCAUUUGAAUGUAUUGAUGCCGUCGCUUCGGAUUAAUAUGAAUUACCCUUCAAACAAAACGGAGCUUGGCACUCUGACUGCACAGGAUUUGAAAUUAACAAUACAGGGCUUACCCAGACAUGGUAUCAGAAGCAAAUUGGACAUUUGCAUUGAUUGCCCAGUCACGUUAAUAUUACCGUUAAACCAGCUUUCUGAGCAAGUUAUUAUUUGGCUAAUGAAGUCAGUACGGCUGACCAAUGAAUUCCUUUUUUCAGACGCAGCGAAGGCGUUCCAAGAUUAUUUUAUUGGUUGUCAAGAUGGAACUUUUGGUGAUACCAACUGCUUAAUAGAUUGGAUUACUGUUAGAUGUAACCAAAUCAGCAUUCAUCAAGGUCUACGAGUUGCGAAACAGACCAGUUCACAUCCUGAAUGCCAAAGAAGUGCACUGUUGUCUCAAGAUAUUUUUGAUACUUACUACUUCGUAAUUUCCUCGAACAAUGUUCUCUCCCGCUGUUACGAUCUUCUUGUUGACAUAUAUCGUAAUCUUGAUGGGCUAGUGUCUCAUAAGGGUUUGAUUUACUCAGAUGCUGCUUUGAGCACGAAGUAUGCAACAUUCUCGUUUCGUCUGGAAUUUAAGGAAGUUGAGCUGAAAUUCCUAGUUCCAUCGUGCGAGUCGUUAGUGGAAUUCCAACCUUUCGCUCUUGCAAAGUUAAAUACAGCGCAUAUAUCAUUUGAUGCGUUUAUAGACAACCAGUCUGAAUUUGAUUUCGUGUGUGAAAAUUCAGAGCUGUAUGACAUAAGAAGCGAAGGUAUUUCCGGCAAUACGUGUUUGAACAUUUAUUCUUUAAUUGGAUCUCCUCGAAUAGACUCAAAUAAAAAGAAAGGAAAUUUAAUGAUGGAGGCUCACCUUAUGCUGAAGAAAGAUGAGCCACCAAUAAUUACAGUGGUACUCUGUAAAGCACGUGUACUUAUUAUUUAUGACUGGCUGGAUAAUUUUAAAAAUUUUCUUCUUUUAACCAGUGGGUCAGAUGUCUCAGAGGCAAGAACUUUUGAUUAUGCUGCUAAGUCGGGAGUUAUGCAUCGUAUCUCACCGUUAACUGAUUCAUUCUUGGUUGAAGAACAAACUAUGGUUUUGAAAAUUACGCUGCAACACACAGACCUUGUUCUUUUAGAAAACCCUAGUUUGAAGGAAUCUUUUGCUCUAGUUGCUCACACGUCAGCGGUACUGAAUAUGAGCGAUCCUCGUGGUAAACUCAGUGCAAACUUAGAAUUACAGAGCCUAAAAAUUGCCUGGUGUAUGAUGUCGGUAGAGUAUGAAAGUUUAUGCGAAUUGACAAACAGUUUUUCUAUUACACUAACUUUGACUACCGAAAGCGAUUUUCCUGGUGGCGAUAACCUCUCUAUGUCGUCCGGUCUUCCGGUUUUUCACAUUCCAAAGCAAAAAAUUGUGUGCGAUAUUAACAAGUUUAUUGCAAGAAUAUCCUACAGAGACAUGCUGGUAAUAAAAAAAGUGGUAGAGGAGUUCAGGAAAAGCCUUAAUUCGUCAUUCAGAAUACUUGCUCUCGAACAAGCUAACCCUCCGCGUAAAAGUAAUUUUGCUCUUAAUAUUGUGAAGUACGUUGUGAAGAGCGAUCAUAUUGCUGGUUGGUUUCUGGAUGAUUUUCAGGGAAAUGCGUUUCCACUAUUGCGAGUGGUACUAACAAAGUUGGAACUGAACCAGCACUUGGAAAAACUUAAUGGUUCCCUAGUAGUUAAUGUUGAUUAUUUUAACCAGAGAGUAUUCGGUUGGGAACCACUUCUAGAACCUUGGUAUAUCAAACAGCUAAGCAUAUACAUAAAAAAUCAGUGUUUGACAGCUGAUCUUCACGCUGAGGAGUCAAGCACGUUAAACGUUAACAUCACACAGGUCUUCCUUCAGCAGGCAAAAGAGUUCAGUGCUCAGUGGCAUGAAAUGAAAAUGACUUUUGAAAAAGACUUUCGGAAAGUAUGCAGUCGUCCUCGUUCUGAUCAUUUGCCUUAUCUAUUGGAAAAUAAAACCGGUUCUGAUCUACGAUUCGCUACUGCUGUAGAUGAGGUGCUUUUGGCUAAAAGUAUGCAACGUAAACCUAAUGCGAAGUGGUAUCCUGUUCCAGCUGGUUCUGUUUUCACUUUCGAGUUUCGCACUAAGCAGCUAGUUGCUAUGGGUUUUCCAGGCGAACCGAGGCAACUACUAAUACAUGUAGAAGGAUGGGACGAUAUUUCUCCAGUAAAUGUUGAUUCUGUUGGGACAUUUUUUAGACUUGCGAGGUGCUCAAAUAGAUCAGCUCGGCACUCGACGCAUGGUAAUGCACGCCUUAUUAUUGAGAUAAGUAUGAACAGGGAUGGGAGAAAAGUAGUUACAGUCCGAUCAGCUUUGAGUGUUGUAAAUAAAUUACCAGACGCUGUGUUGAUCUAUUUGAAUAAUAAUAACCUGCCACCUUCUGAUGAGUAUGAGAUUUUGCGAUUGGAACCAAAUUCUGCUUUGCCUAUACCCUUGAGGCUCUCCAAUGCACGUAUCUCUGUGAAACCAGACGGUCGUGUUAUUGUGCCGGCAUCGCCUAUUACCUGGCCAGAAACAAUGGGUCCCGGUGAAACAGUAACAAGAAAUCUUUGCUUCGAGACAAAGGAACGGGGGAAGAAUUACUGGGUGUGUGCGUUAAUAAAAAGAGAACAUUAUCCUGAGUUUGAAACACUGCCAGGACACACCAUUACAUUGAGCUCACCAUUGUCGUUACUAAACUUAUUGCCGAUCGAUAUCACAGGUGAGGUUAGGUUUAAAGUUAGAACUGAUCGCUUUGAUUCAGCACAGGAUUUUUGGAUUCCCAGAGAUCUUUUGAGCCAAAAGCUGACUUCUUUUGAACCGCAGAGAUUGGAAAUCAGAAUGACGGAUCGUGUUGGUUCUUAUCUAGACAUGUAUGGAAGCGUCACAGUGGCUCGAAGUGGUUCAAUCGUUUUGGCUCUCUGGGUCCCGUACUGGAUUGUAAAUAAAUCAGGUAUUCCCUUGAUCCUGAGACAAGAAGCAGCUAGCAGUAUUGCUGCAGGCCAACAUGAAGAACAUGAGCGUGCAAAAGAUCGCAAUCCAUUGAUGUUUUCAUUUGCGGACGUUAAUUGUCCAAAUCGGUGCUCGAUCCGUGUUGGCAAUCAACAUUUGCGACAAAAAGGCUAUAAACCGUUAUUUAGUGAAGGAUUUUCUUUAACUGCUGGAGUACAAUCAUUGAAACUACUUGUAUCUCAUAAUCAGAAACCCACUUUAGUGUAUAAUAUUGGCGUAGAAGUGCGGCAGGGAACCGGACGGUACAAAGACACUCAAGUUGUUCUUCUUACUCCACGGUAUCAGAUAAACAACCAAUCUUCUUUCGAGCUGCUUUUAAGCCACGUAGACGACAUCAAUAAUCCAGAACAGAAUAUUAAAAUUGCCAGUAACUGUAAUUACACCUGGAACGAAAAAUUCGAGGAUAGGCAGUUGUUAUGCGUUAAAAGGGUUGAUAUCAAACACUGGAGCUGCCCGUUCCCAAUUGAUAAAAUUGGGUCUUUCCAUGUCACUAUGAGGGAUUCUGACGACACUCCACAUUUUGUUCGGGCAGAGAUCAUCUUAUGCAGUGCUGUUUUCUUUGUCACUUUUACUGAUGCUAGGUUCUUCCCUCCUCCGAUACAGCUUGUUAACCUGUCAGAAGUGCCAGUUCUUUAUCACCAAAAAACGAGGAGGCUUGAAAAAAACCAUUUGCGAACAAUAUGCAAGGCAAAUAGCGUCGUCGAUUACGCGUGGGAUGAUCCUUAUGGAGAAAAACUUUUAAUAUUACAAGUGUUCGAAAAUAAAUCUAAUACGUAUGAUCCGCAAAAGCCGGGUCUCAAAGCACCUUUAAUUUAUGACAACGACGUCUACAUCAAAUUUGCUCAAUCAUUUACAAAAAUUAGUGGCAGUGCGUUUACGGACGAAUAUGAAUUGGUUUUAGAAGUUAUGCAGAAGGGGAAAGUAAUGUUAAACAAACUGAAUCUUAGUGACAGUAGCAGAAAUCAGCUAUGGCGCUUUGCAAAAGAUGGCUGUUUGGAAAACAUAGGGAUGUCUAACAGAGCGAGGCAGGGCGAACGUUAUGUUUUGGAUGUUCUUGACAGACGUGGAAACCAGUUAAUGAUGCUGAAGCGCAACACUGCAAGAGACCAGUAUCAAAAGUGGACUUACACUCCUGAAGGUCGUAUAAGGUGUGGUAUAACAGGAAUGUACGUUGAGGCCACUACUUCUGAAGUUGUAUUAGCUUGUCCGAAUAGAUAUGCUAAAUUAAGUUCCACUGGAGCUCCGAUGGAACAAGUUUGGGAGCUCCAGUCUCAGAGGCCUGGUAGUGGUACGCUUGAUGUAGAGUGCUUGCACAAAGGGCCUACGUUGAUCGUUAGAGUCAGUGAUCGUAGCAAGCGAGAACUGCAGACAAACUCUUCUCAUCGUUCAGUGAGCUAUAAAGCAAGGGGUUUUAACAAAAGCGCUGCAAAAACCUUAGCCUUUGAAGUUAAUGUGUCUUUACGGAAUGGGCUUGGAAUCUCGUUUGUUAAUGGGCAACGAGAAGAGUUAGUUUAUAUGCGGUUUCAAGGGAUUGCUUUGCACGCAAAUCGUUCCGGUAAUACGUAUCAAAUAACGGCAAGUGUGGAAAUCAUCCAGGCUGACAAUCAGCUGCUCUUCACUGAUAAGUGGCAAGUCCUCUACUGCCAGGAAAAUGCAUUAUCUGGCGAUCCAUUACCUGCUGAUCGUUAUGUUGUACUGCCUGCUCUUAAGUUGGAAAUGAACUGCACUCCUUGGGAGCACUACGUCUCUUUCGAUUGUUUCCGGUUAAAAUUGUGCAACAUGUCUGUUCAGCUGGAUGAAUUGCUAAUGUGGAAAAUCAUACAAUUUGUACAAGAGUCAGGAGCUGCUGACAGUAUGCAGCCCAGUGCACUUCUUCGGCCACCUAACACAGAAUUGGAACGACCUGACCCUACUAAAGCACGAAGAUGUCAUUUUGGGACUCUUGAUUUUGAAUUGGGAGAUGUAGCGCUUUCUGUGGUAACUGUGUCAAAAAGUGGCUUGAACCCCGAGCUGCGCAAGUUGAGACAGCAGUUUAAUAUAAAGCUUGUUAGCUUUGAAAAUGCCAUGAUAUCUUUUCCACCCUUUCGACAGUUCCGGUACUUUGAAACAUUGGCUUUUUUCAUCGAGACGUUGAGCAAAUUUUAUCUAGACGUACUUAAACGUCAAACUUUUAAUAUAAUUGUGACGAUGGAUGCUUUUGGCAACCCCUCCGGCUUGGCAUCAGACCUAAAAGAAAGUUUUGAAGGGUUGCUUUUUGAAGGCGAUUUAAGUGCUUUUGUUGGAGGUCUUGGAUACGGAAUAACUAAUAGCAUAUCAAAAGUUGCAUCAUCAGUUGCUCAUGGUGUUGGUGCGUUGACAUUUGACGAACAGCAUGAGCUUAUGAGACGUCGGAUGUUACGCUGUCAACCGCAGAGUGAUAAUAGCAGUGCGCUGUCGCAUUUUUACAGUGGCGUAAAAGGAUUAGGAGUGGGCGUUUUUGGUGGUCUUACCGCAAUUGUGACAAAUACUCUCAAGGAGAGUAAACGGGACGGCUUUACGGGAGCUAUUCGAGGGAUAACUACAGGUGCAGUAGAUACAGUUACAAAACCGGUACAGGGCAUAUUCGAUCUUGUUGAAGGCACCGCAUCUGCUAUGAAAGAAAUUGUCGGAGGGCCUGCUGCUCGAAAAAGUCAUUUUGCUAAGGGGAGGAUACGUUUGCCAAGGGUUUGUUCUAACUUACUUUCUCUUCUCCCUUGUUAUUCGGAAGAAUUUGCUGCUGCUCAGAUGGCUUUGGUACGAAUUAGUGGCUUCUCGUCCAAUGAAAUUCUUUUGGAUUUGGAAAAAUUAUUGGAUCGAAGAACUGCUGACGGCAGAAUGUGUCAACAUGCACUAAUAUGCUCGGAACAGUGUUAUAUAAUUCGCCAAGUGGAUUCAGAACCAAGCACUGUAACUCAAAGAAUUCCUUACAAGUAUCUGCGUAACAUCCAUGCAUUACCUGUGGACGAGGGAUCUUCGUUCGCUCCAAUAGAAGUGACGUUAGAGUAUAUGGACGGGAAAAAGCAAACAUUGCCACAUCUUUGGUGUAAUCGUGUUGAGACUGCUAAGCGCCUAUGUGAGAAAAUUUCGCGCUCUAAACAGCUGUAUGAAGAUGCUAAGAGGACUCUUAGUGUAAUUGAUGACUGA